AUGGCGAAAAUUCCCUAUGCCUCUGCAGUUGGAAGUCUAAUGUAUGCAAUGUUAUGCACUAGGCCUGACAUCUGUUAUGCUGUUGGAAACGUGAGCAGGUAUCAGUCUAAUCCAGGACAUGAACAUUGGAAUGCAGUUAAGUAUAUUCUGAAAUACUUGAAGAGUACAAGGAAUCUUGUGUUAGUCUACAAGGGUGGUGCUUUAAAUCCCAUAGGCUACAUUGAUUCAGAUUUCCAGGCAAGUCUUGAAGACAGUAAAUCUACAUCUGGGAUGGUGUUUACUCUUGGGGGUGGAGCAGUGGUUUGGAGAAGUGCUAAACAAACCGUGAUAUCUGACUCAACUAUGGAAGCUGAAUACAUAGCAGAAGCCGAAGCUGCUAAAGAACUUGUCUGGUUGAGAAAGUUCUUCACCAGUAUAGGUGUUGUUCCUGGAAUGGAAAAGCCUCUGGUCUUACUUUGUGAUAACAAUGGAGCAAUAGUUUUACAACAAGAGAAUCAUGCUCACAAAACCUUGCAUAUCUCACAAGCACCGUCUGGUUUACCACCAGCAACAACCUCACACCACUACACACCUGCUGCAUCAAAGAACAAACAACAUAAACCAACUUCCAUUGGUUCUGGUACACUAGAUCCCAUACCAGCAGCCUCCACACCAGGAAAAACUAAUCUAGUUUUACAAAUCCUGGUACAACAUCAGCACCACAAAAAGUUGUUUCUCCUCAUUCUGGCACUUCAGCGUCCAAACCAGAAGCCUCUAAACAAGAAAAUAACAACUUGGAUGUGA